GAAUGCGACUCACGUUACAAACAGUAGCUCGCUUUCAACACCGAAGGGCAGGUUAGCUUUACCAAUGGAUUAAUUUAAACUUACUUUUUUGUAUAGCCUAAUUGCAAUAAAUACAACGUCUGGAAUGCGUAAAAGGUUACUUUUGCUGUGUAAGUUAAUUUGUAAUAAAUAACAAUAAAAAUAGGCUAAUCUACAUUUCCUCUUUUUACGAUAAAACAUGAGUCGAGUUCAGGAAUGGGGGUUUAAGUCGCAUAGAAUGGAACUGGAUGAAGAAUUCUAUUCUUUUGAUUACGCAGAAGAAUUAUCUGGUUACCAAGACCACAAUGAACUUCUGACAGCUUUGAAACAAAAAGAAGAUGAAGUUAUAUUAGCUGCCGAGUUGGGAAAUGCUCUUCUCUUGGAAAACCGCCAGCUUAAAGAAGAAAAUGACAAACUCCAUGAACAAUACAGCGACAAGUUAGAGGAGUUCGAGCAGAACAGACAUGAGUUGCGGGUGAAGCUGGACAGCUGCGAGACUGCAUGGGAGAAUCAGGUGGCGGAGCUGGAGAGGGACGUACAAGAGCUGACCGUCCAGACGGAGAGGCUGACCCAGGCCCUGAGCGAAGCAGAGCGUGACAAGAAACAGACCCAGCGAGAGCAGGCCGACGAGAGCAACCGACUGAAAGAGCAACUCAACAAGGCGUUGGAGGCGGAGCGGGCGCUAACGGCCGAGCUGCAGGCUUUCAAACAGGGCUUCCGCGAACAGGGCUGCUCUGGGUCCCGGGACGAGGAGCUGAUCAGCGCCAUGAAGGAGCAGGUGGCGUGUCUGUCGCAGAAGAACCAGUCUCUGGAGCAGCGGCUAGAGGCGGUGUGUCAGGAGAAUGCGGGCCUGCAGGACAGCCUGGCCUCCCUGCACAAACGCCUGGUUCUGCAGGAGGAGCAGGGCCUACAGCGCACUCAGCAGCUGGCAGACGUUGAGAGAGAGGUGGAGGUGUCACGUGGGAGGAACCAGCAGCUGCAGGAACAGGUGGAGCAGCUGCAGGAGGAGAUCUCCAUGCAGGAGUCUGGGCGGGGCGAAGCAUCUCUGCUGUCUGAACUGGAGCAGAGCUUCAGUAACAUGAGCUGGAGUCAGGACAAGGAGCAGGUGAAGGAGGAAGUGCUGUCCGUCCUGAAGGUCCUGCUUCCCCUGACGGAGCAGGAGGAGACCCCGGGGGAGUCCCUGUGGCCGGAGAGCCUGGACGGCGCUGUGCUCCAGCUCAGAACCGUGGCUCACCGACUCGCCUGCAGCCGGGACCCUCAGGAGCUGAAUGCCCCCUUUGUUGGCAGUGUGCGUGAGAACGCCGACCUGAUACAGGAGCUCCGGGAUCAGAACGCUAAGCUGAUGGCAGAGAACUCUGAGCUGAAGAGCCGGGUGGAGAACAGCCGGGAGAGGGAGCUGGCACAGCAGGCCAUACGGGACCGAGAUGAAGCCAUCGCAAAGAAGAAAGCCAUGGAGGCAGAGCUGCUGCGCAGCAAGAACGACAUGAUGUCCCUGAACAAUCAGCUGCUGGAGGCCAUUCAGCGCAAGCUGGAGCUGUCCCAGGAGCUGGAGGCCUGGCAGGAUGACAUUCAGGUGAUCCUCAACCAGCAGCUGCAAAGCCAACAGCUGUCAGAGACAGGCGUGAAGAAGAGCAGCAACAGCAGCACAAACCGACUAGCCUUCCUGCGUCGGUCCAGCACCCCCAAGCUGGAGCGCCAACACCCCCCCUCCCCCACCUCCUCCUCCCGUACCUCGGAGAGGAAAGACUGGAGAGACUGGCUGAAACGGGGGAAGACUGGCCAGCACGGAAACUGAACCCUGGCAUGGCGGGCACCAUCAGCCAUCGGGCUGCCAGCUAGCGCGGAGCCCACAAACGGCUCACGGUUGACGUGGGCGUGCUGCUGAACUCCCAUCUCUGAAAUGGCGAGUCUGCGCUCAGACGCUGAAGCGAGAAAGAAAAGCUUCAUGGGGAAAUCAUUUUGGGUUGAACUUAUUUUUUACUGUACGUAUGGCCAUAUUUUUAUUUUCUUAUUUUUGGAUAUUCUAUGCUGUACUUUGAAAGUUCAGUUGAACUUUGAACAUUCAUUUAAAUCAGACCACUAGGAUCAAAGUACUCUAUGGUAAAGACAGACAAUGGUGAACAUGAAGGAGAAGGUUUUUUGUAUAAAUGAAUUACAUAAUAAGGAAUGUAGAAGCUUCAAUCCUGUGCAUGUGAAUAUUAAUGUUUGUAUAGAUCCUGACAGUAUUUACUGAUAGUGUGUUCAUCAAAGUGUUAAUUAAGGAACAGUUAAGUAGAGUAGAACAUACUGUAUUGGUGUAAGUUCGACUGGAUGCCACAGGAUUUGGGGAUUUUAUUUAAGAAUCAAAAAAUACAAUUUGAGCCAAGUUUCAUUUUACUUGCUGAGUCCCCCUUAAUUUAGCAUAUUUUAGAUAACACAAAGGCUCAGAAAUGUAGAAUUAUCAAUACUUUAUCGCUCUAGUAAUUAUUCAGGAGCCUUUGAACAGAAGCAGAUUUUCUUUAGUGUUUGAUUUGCAAAAGCUUUUCAGCAGCUGUAGUCAGAGUAUAUAGCAGGCCCUGUUAUUGGUUUGUUAUGAAUGUUACAUGAUGCAUUUUCAGGGCGAGGAAUGAAUAGAACUCCCAAGGAGAUGCAUGUAGAAUGCUGCAUGCAGAAGGGCUAACUUUUCAAACUGAUUCAGUUUGAAGCAGCACCCUCAAUUUACAUGUAAAAGCCAGAUUGAAAAUAGGUUUGAGGUUAUAACUAAGUUAUGAAGUCCUUUCCUUACUUUUCAUGUUAGGACUAAGGGACAUCUGAAAGCCAGACCAGGGGGACUACAGAACUCCUUAAUGCUCCAUGUUGAAAAUGAACUAAGUGAAAAGCUGCUGCACCAUUUAUCAGCUGUAAACAUGCUUUCAGUUGACAGCUGCCAUUUUCUGUGAAAAGAGAAAGGCUUUGCUACAGUAUUGUGCUACUAGGCAGGUUGUGCCAAACGCUUCCUUUGGUAUUCCAUUAUAAAACUGUUGUACACUUACCUCCUUUCUCCUGGCACUUAGAACACUAUAAAGCGUGUAAUUAAAUUCACUGCGCCCCCACCUGGCUCAGUAUUUUACAAUACAGAAGCAUGUGGAAAGAAGGACAGAUAUUUGUAAAUAGGAAAACCACUAAAGGGUUAUGCUUUUUUCACAUGUACAGUAUGUAUUUAAGGCAGUAUACACAUACUGGUUCUCAAGCUGUUACAUAAUAUGACAAAAUCUAAAUGAUUGUAUGACUGGAAUGUAACAUUUUACAUUUCUUGCAUUUUACACUGCUUGUCACAUUUUCUUACAGAUUUUAGGAAGCCUAUGCAUCUUUGAACACCUCUGACUGAAGUUAAUUAUGCUUCAGAAUAAUUAAACUGGAUAAACUGAAUUGCAUAAUAAUAUAUUUAAUGACAAUGUGAUCAUCAACCCUACAAGAAUGACAAGGCAUGCUUUCAGAAACCGUAACAGCUGUGUAUGGUGUGUCUGAAGAAAAAUUGUUUAUGUUGUUUACACUGUUGAAUAAAGUCACAUUUAUACAAAUA